AUGGCAUCUGAAGAAGGUGGCAUACCAGUGGACCUGUAUAUAUAUGAUUUGACCAAUGGAUUAGCUUCUAUUCUCUCACCUACCAUCCUAGGGCGUCAGAUCGAGGGUGUAUGGCACACGGCGGUGGUGGUCUUUAACCGCGAGUACUUCUACGGUAACGCCGGCAUCAGCAGCUGUGCGCCGGGCAGCACGAUCCUGGGUCCGCCGCACAAGGUGGAGCGGCUCGGAACCACCUUCGUGCCCUACCCAGUGUUCGUUGACUAUCUGCAGGCGCUUUCCACCUCCACCUACAUGCCGUCGUCGUACCAGCUGUUGCAACACAACUGCAACCACUUCAGCGACGAGUUGGCGCAGUUCCUGUGCGGUGCGCGCGUGCCCAAGCACAUCCUGGAGCAGCCCGAACGCGACCUGACGCAGCCGCAGCGCCUCGCGCUCGCCUCGUUCCUCGAGCAGUUGGCGCCCGCUGCAGAGCAGGUUCGUCCUGCUGCACUUGUUGCACAGCGCUCGCAUUCGUUAUAUGACUCGACAACUACUGAAGAUGACUCGACAACUACUGAAGAUGACUCGACAACUACUGAAGAUGACUCGACAACUACUGAAGAUGACUCGACAACUACUGAAGAUGACUCGACAACUACUGAAGAUGACUCGACAACUACUGAAGAUGACUCGACAACUACUGAAGAUGACUCGAAAACUACUGAAGAUGACUCGACAACUACUGGAGAUGACUCGACAACUACUGGAGAUGACUCGACAACUACUGAAGAUGACUCGACAACUACUGAAGAUGACUCGACAACUACUGAAGUAGACUCGACAACUACUGAAGAUGACUCGACAACUACUGAAGAUGACUCGACAACUACUGAAGAUGACUCGACAACUACUGAAGAUGACUCGACAACUACUGAAGAUGACUCGACAACUACUGAAGAUGACUCGACAACUACUGAAGAUGACCCGACAACUACUGAAGAUGACUCGACAACUACUAAAGAUGACUCGACAACUACUGAAGAUGACUCGACAACUACUGAAGAUGACUCGACAACUACUGAAGAUGACUCGACAACUACUGAAGAUGACUCGACAACUACUGAAGAUGACUCGACAACUACUGAAGAUGACUCGACAACUACUGAAGAUGACUCGACAACUACUGAAGAUGACUCGACAACUACUGAAGAUGACUCGACAACUACUGAAGAUGACUCGACAACUACUGGGCAGAUUUUAAUUAAAUUUAUAUGGGACCAAACGAAAAGCACCAGCUCUCAGAUAAAAAGAAUCAUCACAAUCAUCCAUACUCCAUACAGAGAUAAGUUAUGA